AUGGUGAAUCUGCUUUCCAUUGCUGAUAUCAAGCCAAAAAUGAGGGGUUGGUCAGCGCAUGUUACUGUUCAGGAAAAAAUGCACGUCGCUUCUUCACAGAAAUCCCCUACAAGAUACCAAAAAUUUGUUUUCUCUGAUGACCAGGGAUCAAGAGUUGAGGGAAUUAUGUUUAAUGCUGCUAUUGAAAAGAUGGAGUCAAAGCUUCAUACUUUUAAGAAGUAUCUGAUAUCAAAUGCCGAUAUUAGAGAAAUUGAGGAACAGUAUCAGACUAAUUGCCUUACUAUUCAAUGGGUGAUAAGUGCAAAAACUGUGGUUGAGGAGCUGAGUGAACAGGGAAGCUGUGUUUUGACUAACGAGUUUACUCCUAUAAGCUUUAAAGACUUGGCCAGUUACGCUGAUUCAAAGUCACAAACUGUUGAUAUUAUGGCUGUGGUUGUUGACUCAAUGCCUGUGAUUCCAAUCAAAAGGGAUUCACAGGAAUCCUUUGUCCAGAGAUUUCUCAUUGUGAAUGAAGAGAUGGUUCCUACUGUUCUAUCUCUAUGGAAUACAUUUGUUGAAAAUGAAGGAAAACUGCUUACAGAUCACCACAGCAAGCAUCCAAUUCUUAUAUGCCGCAGGCUUAAAGUUGUCACAUACAAUGGAAUAGCACUCUCAACAAGAAAUGAUUCAGUCAUUGUUGUUGAUCCCCCUGUUAGAGAUGCUAGAAGUCUCAAAAAUUGGGCAUCAAGGAAUGAAAAGGAACUACUUGCCCUCCGCCGUGAUAAGCCGUACAAUAACCAAUCUCCUAAAAUGUUUUAUGGCCCUCGGCAAAAACUAACUGAAAUAAGAGAUGUUUUGCCAACUGAAAAGUGCCAGCGUCUAACUUCCGCUGACUAUGGAUGCACUUAUACUUGCAACCAUUGCAAUGAAAAGCAAUCUGCUCAGCCAAGAUGUCGUUUUGAUAUUGACCUGACCGAUCAUUCUGACACUAUUACGGCUUCAAUUUUUGGUGAACAAGCUGAGACAUUGCUAGGAUUUACUGCUUCACAAGCAAUGCAUUACUUCAACAGGAAUGAAGACCUACCUUUAGCCAAGCUCCAUGAAGAGUUGAAGAAUAAGAUGUUUAUUGUACAGCUUAAACCAGGAAGCACGAACAAUGAUGGAUCGUAUCAGCGUUACACUAUUGUGUAUUAUUUUGAGGAAAAUGCUAAGACUACCUCUGCUGAAAAUCAGUUGCAUCGUGGUUCAAGUGCUAGCACCGCCAAUGAAAGCUACCUUCAAAUCAGUACUGAUCAGGCUCCUUCUUGUGUUGCUUCACCUCCAGACAAAGAAGAAUUGCCAUCUAAAACACGCCGUUCUCUUCUAAGCAGCCUUGAUGAAUCUGAGGAAGCUACUCCAAAGAGGCUGCGCAAGAAAUGA